UCCUGGUUACAUUGCAUUUUCACGGUUUACAUUGCUGAUAUUCAAAACUUGGUGGCCAGGCAGUUGAACUUCAACCUGGACGUAGCACUUCUUUGGUAGGGGAAGUUACCUUUAAAAUUCAUUUAGUUUUCUAUUCUGGUCCAGGGGAAGGGAGCGUGUCUGGUCAGCAAAGUUAACAAUGGUUCUUUUCAUUUACACAGCUUUUUAGGGAGACUAGAUGUCUCUGUGCCUGUUGAUUCUGAACUAAACAAAGCCAAGGGCAGAAGUUAUUCUACAUUAAAGUGUUCUCUAUCAGCAGGACUUCUCGGAGCCUGUACCCCAUUACUAGGUGUCCACAGGGCACCACGAGGCCUCAUUAUUCCCUGGUCCUCAUUGUAGUUGAGCAGUAAAGCUCUAGAAGAGGAGGGACCAGGUCAUACAGGGUAACGAAGUUAAUGGGGAGCCCCUGGCAACUCUGAAGAGGCUACAGGUGGAGGCAGUGGGUCUGUUAGUAAGGUCGAGGUCACCAUGAGGAGGUUAACAAUGUGGUGGCACAAACUUAGGGGCGGAAAGAGCUGGUUCCCAUGUCAUGCGUUCAGCGUGUCAGGUUUUUACUUUAGGAGAGAUAACAGCUGGGGCUGCUGGUUGGAGCCUGGGCUGGAGAGGAAGUGACAGGUGGGAGGCUUAUGAAUGAAUGCAGGCCUCAGACCUCUGCUGGCCACCCACUAUGUGACAUCAGCAAACAAAGAGAGUUCUGCUGUGGUGAAGCCACAGCUGAGAUCCUCCCUGGGACAGUUCUUUCCUCCUUAAAGUCACAGUAUGGGGAGGAGGGGGUGAGACCCACUGCCGGGGACAAGGAGGACCCCAGCCCCUGAAUGUGUCUGGCCUCUUUCCCAGCUCCCUGCCCAGCCCUCCAGCCAUGGCCACGGCAGUGGCUCAGAGGUUCAGCCACCUCCUGUCCAGCCUGGGGCACGUUGGCCAGGAGUCUGUGCAGCCGGAGCCCGUUUUCACGGUGGAUCGGGCCCAAGUGCCGCCCCUUUUCUGGAAGCCCUACAUCUAUGCGGGCUACCGGCCACUGCAUCGGAGCUGGGGCUUCUACUUCUGCACGCUCUUCCGGCAGCACAACGAGGCGGUGAAUGUCUGGACCCACCUGCUGGCUGCCCUGGCGCUGCUGCUGCGGCUGGUCAUCUUCGUGGGGACCAUGGACUUCCGGGGAGACCCCCAUGCCCUGCCCCUCUUCAUCGUCGUCCUCUCCUCCUUUACUUACCUCUCCUUCAGCUCCCUGGCGCACCUCCUGCAGGCCAAGUCCGAGUUCUGGCACUACAGCUUCUUCUUCUUGGACUAUGUGGGUGUGGCCGUGUACCAGUUUGGCAGUGCCCUGGUGCACUUCUACUACGCCAUCGAGCCCGCCUGGCACGCCCGGGUGCAGGCCAUCUUCCUGCCCGCAGCCGCUUUUCUUGCCUGGCUUUCCUGCACCGGCUCCUGCUACAACAAGUACACCCAGAAGCCAGGUUUGCUGGGCCGCGUUUGCCAGGAGGUCCCCUCGGUGCUGGCUUAUAUCCUGGACAUCAGCCCCGUGGUGCACCGCAUCCUGGUGUCCCCUCACCCUGCCUCGGAAGACCCCGCUCUUCUCUACCACAAGUGCCAGGUGGUCUUCUUUCUGCUGGCCGCCGUCUUCUUCUCUACGGUGAUGCCCGAGAGCUGGUUCCCAGGCAGCUGCCACAUGUUCGGGCAGGGCCAUCAGGUUUUCCACGUCUUCCUGGUGCUGUGCACCCUGGCUCAGCUGGAAGCUGUGACCCUGGAUUAUGAGGCCCGGCGGUCCAUCUAUGAACCUCUGCACACCCGCUGGCCCCACAACUUUUCUGGCCUCUUUUUGCUCACUGUGGGCAGCAGUGUCCUCACCGCGUUCGUUCUCAGCCAGCUGGUACGGCGCAAGCUCAGUCAGAAGACCAAGUGAGGUGGGUGGCAGCUGGUAGGAAGGGCAGUGUAGUGGGGGACGGGGUCCAGGCCCUCUCCAGAUGGGAGCAAGGCUGGUGAAGUUGCUUGUCUGACCCCACUGACUCCCUGCAGACACCUCGACUGCCAGGGUGGUGCUGGCCAGUCCCUUGGACUUGGGUCUGCCCUGCUCCUUCCCCUAGAAGAAGAAAAGAGAUCAGGGUGUGGUCCACUCUGGCUUGGCCCUUCACUGACUCUCAUGAGGCUCAGGGAGGGGGCCAGCUGGGGUCAGGGCCCAUGUUUGCGGCUUCCAUGUUGCCUGGGUAGAAGGUGACACAGGCCAGAGUCUGAUUUGAGCAGAGAGGAAGGGGAGGUCUCAGCGGCCAACUGUACCCUCACUGCACUGCUGCUUUUCUUGCCUGGUGGAGAGGACAGGGCAAGUCUAAAUACCUGUAGGAGCUUACCGUUCCUUGAACCCCUGCCCCCUGGAUCGCUGAGCUCUACAGAGCCCGCAAAAGCAGAAGACUGUGCCAGAAAAUCCCAUUCAGUGUUCAUCGCCACUCCAGUGAGCCCCCGGUCUCCUAGCUCUGGCCUGUGUCUCACAUAGCCAUUCUCAGAUUCUUUCCCAGUUCCCUUGUUCAUGACUCAACUAUCUGUUUAGUGUUUCCUAGGCUUCUGCUCAGACGCAGCCAUUGGCUGGGCCCAGUGGAUCAGUGCAGGAUGACAAAGCCUUUACUGCCAGAAUGGAACUGUCAAAGGAAGCACUGAGAUGGGAAUAAUCUGUACGACCCGGGGCACUCAGGGAUUGAGGCUGGGAAGAAUGAAUAGGAGUUUGCAGACAGAUGGGUGUGUCUGACAGAGGUGUGGGGGAAAACUGUACAAAGGCCCAGAGGUACAGGAGUUUUGAGGGCAGAGCUAGGGGUGGACUGGUCUGAUAUGUACUGGAUACAAUAAAGUGACUGUG